CAUUCGUACAUUCGUGCACGCACACGCAGUGCGCGCCGAGUUAAUGACGCAGGUCGCGUGUCCGUGGUGGAUCCGAAUCAUCCGAGCCGCGCCGUGCUUCAAUCGCGCUCCGAUCGUGUGCGUGCUAUCUCCGUGCAUAUAAAUAGUCGAUCGCCGAGUGUCUGCCACCGCCGCCUCCGAAAUGGCUAAAGUAUCCCAGCUGGACGAUGGCGCCGCAUCAGUGUAAGGGUUGCCUGAGGACACGCAUUGCAAGAAUGGCGCAGAUCAACAAGGAUACGCCAAUGGAGGUCGCCACCAACGGUUGUGAUGUCGCGCUUGCCGAAAAUCCGGUGAUGCCGUGGUUCGGCAUGGAUAUCGGCGGCAGUCUCUGCAAGUUGGUGUAUUUUGAACCGAAAGACAUCACUAAGGACGAAAUCGAGUCGGAGAUUGAAGCGCUGAAGAAUAUUCGGAAAUAUCUCACGAAGAAUUCGGCGUAUGGCAAGACUGGUCAUCGGGACACACAUUUACAAAUGGAAAAUGCAUCGAUUCGUGGACGGCGAGGAACACUUCACUUUAUCCGUUUCCCAACAAGCGAAAUGGGUAAUUUCCUGGCGCUUGCACGCAGUAAAGGAAUGGCGAACCUGGUAACCACUGUUUGUGCCACCGGUGGAGGUGCCUACAAAUUCGAGGAAAACUUCCGCAAAGAAGUAAACAUGAAGCUUGCAAAGUUUGACGAAAUUGACUCGUUGAUCAAAGGCAUGCAUUAUAUCGAAGCGCAGAAUAAGAACGAAUGCUACUAUUGGUCCAACCCGACUGAUGAGGCAAAUUGCGUCAAGGUCAACUAUGAUUUUUCAAAUCCGUAUCCGUUUCUCUGCGUGAAUAUUGGCAGCGGUGUGAGUGUGCUCUCCGUGCGAGGUCCCAACGACUACAAGCGUAUUUCCGGCACGAGUAUAGGAGGCGGUACGUUUUUGGGUCUUUGCUGUCUGCUGACUGGAUGUAAUUCUUUCGAGGAGGCUAUUGAGCUGGCUACCGGUGGUGAUCACACCCGAGUGGAUAAACUUGUCCGCGAUAUCUACGGUGGCGAUUACGAACGCUUUGGUUUGCCCGGCGAUUUGGUCGCGAGCAGUUUCUCGGCUCUCUGCAGCUUUGGUCAGAUGAAUUCGCGUGAUCGCCGCAGUAAGGUGAGCCGCGAGGACCUCGCGAAGGCGACGCUCGUCACCAUCACCAACAACAUCGGUAGCAUUGCGCGCAUGUGCGCCCAACAGGAGCAUAUUGAUCGGGUAUUAUUCAUCGGUAAUUUCCUGCGCGUGAAUCCAAUUGCGAUGAAGCUGCUGGCGUACGCAAUGGACUACUGGUCGGGCGGCACAAUGAAAGCGCUCUUUCUGGAACAUGAGGGUUAUUUUGGCGCAGUUGGAUGUCUGCUGAAGUUCAACGAGUCGACCGCAUUGUCGCCGAUUAGCUGAUUCACUACUGAUCACAAACACACAACGCUAACAUUCCCUCUACGACCUCUAUAAAACAUUACAUUUUUAUAUCCGCACGAGGAACAUGGUGCAAACUAUAGCGGGGUUUUUAUAAGCCGAUACAGUGCGAAGUGAAGUGUAGAAUGAAGUGCAAUGGCGAUUGUUACGGGAAGUUUUAAGACACAUUUCUUGGCUGCCGUCGGCGGUGUUGUUCUCAGGCUGUAUUUUUUGCCCUGGGCAACGUUGCGAUUAAUCUAGCAUAGAAGUUGUUUUUUUAUACAAUCUUAAAUGAUUAAGGUAUAAACUAUGGUACGCGCCGUUUUUGGGAAGUAGUGGGAUAAUAGUCAUUUUAUUUUUUAGUUAUUUUCUAUGCUGAUAACACAAAAUAAUGAAAGACAAAGCACAUGAAAACUAUCACACAAACAAUGCUAGCAUACACACACUUGGCUUACCUCCAGUGAAAUAAGUAAAUUUAUUGUGAAUAAUGUAGGAAUUAGAACAACGAAGCGUUAUAACGGUGAAUGAAGUUAUAAAAACAAGUAUUAUUAUGCGCGUGCUGCCGUGGAACGUGUAAAAUUUCCGAAAAUUUGCAUUUAGCCAACGUUCGCUUGAAAUAGAAAGCGAAAGAUUUACUUUUAGCUGCGCUGAUUGCGAGCAGAAUUGAGAUUGUUACACGCUCAAUGGUUCUUUUUUUUUUAUAUUAAGCCCAAGGAUAUAUAAUAUAUACAUUUAUAAAGAAAGUGUUUGGUUGAAAGGUAAACAUUAUAUUUUAUCAAAUGCACCACAUUGAAAAGCAUUAGCUAUUAUUAAUAAAUAAAAUAUCUUAUCA